UUUUAGCAGUAGAACACACUUAACCAGUAGUGUCGGUGCAGCUCUAACACACAUUCAUAUAUAUAUAUAUUUAUAUUAACUUAUGUAUAAUUUUUUUUUUAUAAAAAAAAUAUAAUAAUAAUAAUUUAGCUGACCUAUUUUCGUCUUAACUGUUUUCCACAAAACACAAUAUAAAAUAUAUAUACAUCGAGUUUAUCAUGCGAUACAAUUCACGUGCUUAGCAUAAAAUCGUUGUCGUGUCUUCUCUCCUGCGAGGAUUACGCGUCGUUUUCAAAUUCGUACGUAAUACAAAUUACAAUCGACGCAAUAACGAUCCGAUUAAAUAUCAAAACAACACAAUUGUUACAAAAGUAUAUUUGUAUUAGUAUUGUUGUUAUUAUUAUCAUUACUAUUUUCAACAACUCCCGCCUUAUAUUGUAAUUAUACAUAUUUUUAGCCGUAUCGUAGAUGAUAUAAAUUGUGUAGUAAUAUCUAUAAAAUUACCAAUAUAACAUAUAUAUAUAUAUAUAAAUAUAAAUUUAAUUACAUAUAAUAUAUAUAGAAUAACUCGAUUAGUGAAUCACAUCAAUAUAUAUAUAUAUAUAUAUAUAUCAAUAUAAGUAAAUAAGACACGCGAAAGAAGCUGAUAAAUCCGCUACGAUAGACCGUAGAUAAAGCUUGCUGUCAAAGUCGUCCAAACAGCUUUCAAAAUUAACCGCUCACGAGAAAGGGGUAUGGGCAAAGGAGAUAAAAAACCGACGUCCCAGAAUAGUGCUGGUUCGAAUAUUGUGGGCAAGUUUACUCAGAGUGUCAGACGAAUAGUACAAGACGUCAAGGACGAAGGCACUGCUAGCGGUCAGACUAAAGAAGAAGUCAUAGAAACAAAUGAAAGAUUGAGAGCAGUACGAAUUCGUUUGGAAGAAUCCUAUGAUACGGCUAAAAAGUCACUCAUUACACUAAUGACUAAGUACACAGAGAGUAAGUCAACGCGAAAUGUCUUCCAAAGGUAUAAUCUUCUGAAGGCUAUGAUUAAGGAAGUUAUCCGGUUGGAAACACAAUAUUGGACACUGGUCGAGAUACCUAAACAAGAGAAACAAGAGACGGUACCGUCAUUCGUGCUUAGGGCGUGUGGGAUUGUGGAAAAAUCGCAAAAGUCUGGUGAAGGUGUCAAGUCUACGGCUAAAUUAGCUGAAGAGGAUGAAAAGAAACGAGAACGUAUUGAUAGACUUUGUGACAUGACGACAGCUCAAAUUGAAGCAGAGAAUACACAAAUGACAAACGACCUUUACCGAUUGUUAAAGAAAUACACUGGUCUAAGAAAUCUUAUAAGAGAACUGAAGGUAGAAUACGUCAACUCAAAAGUGUACCCGAUAUUUCCACGUUACAAUAUACUGAAAGACUUAAUAAAGGACAUCAUGCAUCAUCAGGAAUACAUGGAAGUCUGCCACGAAGUUGAUGCUGUAUAA